AUGAACUCACCAUUUCCCAAAUCUACGUCCGUUCCGGGGCAGGGCCACCUCGUCGCAAAGCUCCUACCCGAGGGCAUCUCCGGCCUCGAGACCUUCACCUACCAGUACCCUCUCAAACUCAUCUCACCUUCACGACCGUCCGAAGAUGAGAGCGUGCUGGUCUUCCUACUCUCCUACGGCGGCGGACUGGUGGCUGGCGACAAGGUCAAUCUUAAGGUCGACGUGCGAGCCAAGGCCAAGCUGACCAUCGUCACACAAGGCCACACCAAGGUGUUCACGUCCACCUCCCCCGACAUCGUCACGCGACAGGACAUGCAUGUCCACAUUGCGUCCGAAGGCGCACUCUGCCUCUUGCCCGAUCCGGUGCAGCCAUUCGCAGGGAGUGUGUAUGAGCAAACACAGAUAUUUCGGCUUGAGGAGGACGCCUCGAUAUGUCUUCUCGACUGGGUCACGCGGGGUCGCACUGCGCGAGGAGAGAACUGGAGUUUUGUGCGAUGGGUUGGGCGCAAUGAGAUAUGGGUUAUCCCUGCUGCUCAGGAAGACGGAAAGACGGAUUCGAGAGAAAGGUUGCUUGUCAGAGAUGCCGUGAUCCUGGACAGCAACAGGUCUCACCCGGAACUGGCCAAGCUCCGAGACUCGAUGCACGGCGUGGGUAUCGUGGGGACACUGCUGCUCAGGGGGCCGCUGAUGAAGUCGCUGGGAGACUUCUUCCUGGCCGAGUUCGCUGCUCUCCCGAGACUUGGGGCUCGUGAUUUCCGAAGCGAUGCUGCUAAGCAGGCAGCAGCGUUAGCUCAGGCAACUCCGCGAGAAAAAUGGAGGGCCGAGAGACUCGUGAUGGAAAAUAACAGCAAGCUGUUGUGGUCGGCCGCCAACGUACGGGGUUGUGUGGUGGUCAAGUUCGGAGCCCCUGAGGUGGAAGACGGACGGCUGUGGAUUGGAUCCAUGCUGCAGGAAGAGGGAAGCAUCUCGCACCACUUUGGAGACCAUGCCCUUAUGUGUGUACGAUGA